AUGGCCGAUCUCCAUGAGUCUCAGUCGUCUCCGGCUUACAACGUGAACAACGAUCCUCAGUCAGCAAUCGCAGCGAAGUCCCAAAAUCACCAUGCCGAUGCUUCUUUACCCCAUCCCCACCACACACACAUCAUCACCCAGGAGGGCACGCCGAGUGAGCCUAGCAUUGAUGAUCUCGGCCGAGCAGUCCAGGAUAUCGACAUCACCCUACAGAAAAAGCGGGUAGGGUCUGGCUCUUCGCUGGAUGGACAGGACAGUGGCUUGUUGAAACGUGAGAACUCAUUCGACGAUGAUCGCACCCACCUUUCGAAUUCGUCUACGAAAAUGACGAACUUCGAUUCCAAGAGCCUGGCAUCUGUCACUACCUUUGCAAUGGACGAGAAGGACUCGGUCCGACCCGACGAUAGUGCUAGUGUACAGGCGAACGACGAGGACGAAUCACUCUCGGGGCCUGCCUCUGGUGCCCCGAAUUCGGUAACUGGAUCCGAGGCCGGAGGACGUGGGUUUAGAGAUCAAUACCGCGAUGGCAAUGUGAUCCGUCCCCGCGGCAUUCUCGCGGCGCCUGGUCCUCUUUUCAAUAACGGUGGUCAGAGAGGUGCGGUAGGGAUUCCUCCAGACUCUGUUGCGAAUAAUUUCGUCGUCCCUGCUUCCCCGGGGGUGCUGGCGGAUGGCUCGAGCCUGCAUGGCUUUCCCUUGGAGCCUGAUGAGAAACUGUUGGAGGCCAUGAGGAAUCCCAGGGACCGACUUUUAACGCUUCAACUGGAGGAGAAAAUCCGCGUGUUCAUCAAGGAAUCCAACGAACAAUCUUUGGAGCUGCCUCCUACACAUGCAUUCGGUCGCCUUCUUGCUCAUAAACUUGGGGACUAUUAUCAUCUGACGCACUUUGUGGACAAUAAUGUGACGUCCGUUCGGCUUCAUCGAACACCGUUUUGCAGACUGCCUACCCCCAUCUCUGCCAUCCACGCCGCCAACAAUGACACCCAACCCCCAGUGGUUCCAGCUAUGAAGAUCAUGCGCCGAACAGAUGGAGACCGCCCUUCCACUGAGGGCAGUGUUGCAGCCAGCUCGUCCGCGCCAUCGAAGGCAACAUCAGAAGCAGGUGACAGUGGCCAGGGAGACGACCGUGCCGGUUCUACUACGAGCGCAAAGGAUCGACCGACUUUGAAGGAGCGAGAAGCCAAAUACGAAGAAGCUCGCGCACGAAUUUUCCGUGAUUUCCCUGAGGGUGCCAAGUCCGACGCUGGUGAUUCGAACCCCAAUAUGUCACGAUCUAGCUCCACAACUGGGCGCAAGAAGAACAACAGGAAUCGGAAUCCUCAAGACGAUGGCUUCGAGGCUCGUUCGCAGUUCAAUGCUUAUUAUCCGAGUACCCAGUACCCCAACGGAUCAAUUCCAUACAAUGGCACCAUGGGUGACGGGUAUUCUGCCAACCAAGCCGUUCCUUAUCUGGUUGGACCGGGUGUACAGCCUCCUUCUGGCGCGUACGUGGCACCCGGCCCGAACAACAGCAUGCACCCAGGGCAGAUGAACAUGAACAGCGUGCCGCAGUAUCCAAUGGCUGUAUCAUCACAGAUGCCUAGUAAUGGCUCGUGGGCGGGGGGAACUAUGCCGCAGCAAUCGCCGUAUUCUGGAUAUGCAUCGAUGAAUCCCCCCGGAAUGAUGAACCAACAGUCCCAGAACAAUUCUUCGCCGGCAACGAACAACUAUGCAAUGCCCCAUCCUCCGCAGUACCCGCAACCUGCCAGCUGGAAUCCUGCUCCAUACACCGGGAACUACCAUCAAUCUCCGCAACAGCGUAAUCAGCCCCCUGUUCAUUGGCCAAAUUAUCCUCAGCAACAGUCAAUGCCACCCAACAUGGCAGCCAAUACCUACGCUCAGUUCCCAGGGCAGCAUUUCAACCCAGCCUUUCAAAAUGGCGCCGGCGGACCGGGGAUGCCAGUAGGCUACGGCAGGUCCCACUUCAACCCCCAGACACGGGCCUUCAUUCCAGGCGGUGCACCCUUAUCGCGGCACCCAAGCCGAGGUACUCAGCCCAUGCCCUACGGCAAUGUGCAACCAAACUUCCAAAACCAACCCCAAUGGACCGGUUACCCAGAGCCAAUCCAAAUGCGAGGGCAAGAGCACUCGCCAAUCAGUUCAACCCGCAGAGUAAGCGUGAGCUCUCGCGAUUCAAUCGCCAAAUGGGGCACACCAUCCCAUCUUCCCCCGAAACCACCACCCUCCAAAGUGCCCUCCAAAUUUGACCUGAGUGGUCCAAAUGGAUCACCCUACCAACCCAGUGGCAUCGCUGGGGCCAGAAACGGGCCCCUGGUCGUCACUGGUGGAGGCGCCCCUUCGAAGGCCAAUUGA